CGCGGCCUGGCUCUCCCUGUGCGCGUCCGUAUGUGUGUGUGAGCGGUGAGUGUGUGAGAAAGCAAAGAGCGACAAGUAACCGGCGAAACCUCCAGUCCCCCCCCCCUACUCCUUACAAACAGCCGCAACAAUGUCGGGACGCUCAGUCAGAGCCGAGACGAGAAGCCGAGCUAAAGAUGACAUUAAACGGGUUAUGGCCGCCAUCGAAAAAGUACGGAAAUGGGAAAAGAAGUGGGUCACAGUUGGAGACACAUCUCUCCGAAUCUACAAAUGGGUGCCUGUGGCAGAACCUAAAGUGGAUGAUAUUGAGUUGAAGGUGACAGAUGAGAACUCCGGACUGCUGAGACGACCAAAACCCUGUGGAAAAAAGACCAAGAACAAGAAAAAGACAAAGGAUGAAAAAUGCGGCUCCGAGCUCACUACCCCAGAAAAUAGCUCAUCCCCAGGAAUGAUGGACAUGCAUGAUGACAACAGCAAUCAGAGCUCCAUAGCUGAUGCUUCCCCGGUGAAGCAAGAAAACAGCAGUAACUGCAGCCCUGCUCCUGAACAGAACCUAUCUGCGCAGACGGAUGGCAAUGAAAUCAAAUCAGAAGAGGCCCAUUCCAAUGGCAGUGAGCAACAGGAUUCUGAAGCCACCUCGGGACAAAACUCUCAAUCAUCAGUGGAAAGUUCACUAACUAAUUCAGAGAAAGCAGAAACACAAACUUCUGGGGAUAAAGACACCGCUCCAGAAGCAUCCAAAACCUCUCAGGAUUCUGAUGAUGGAGCGCCCCCAUCCAAGAAGGCGAAAGCGGACAACGGUCCUCAACAAACCACAGAGGCAAUCUAGACUAUCCUGUUCAAAUUUAUUACUUUUAAUUUGGGUCAGUUUACUGUAAGGUACAUUGGUUAUCUUGACUAUAGGACAGCCUUACUUAAAGCAUCUUCUUCUCUCGGAUGAGACUUAGGACUCUUUUUAUGUUUUUUUUUGACUUACAAAGCAAAAAUCAAACAAUGCCUGGAGAGAAGGCCAGGACUUCAAAGAAACUGACAUAUUUUCUGUGAGUGCACAGAAUCCCCAGUGACUGUCUUUGAAGUGGUUGAUGUUAACACUCAGGAGGGUCUAUGCACUGUUUUCCGUAGUCAUUUUUACAUUUUUUUUGUGUUGCUGCUGUAAGUAUAUGUAUUUUCCAUUUCUCUAUUUAACAAGUAAGAUAUUUAAAAUGGUACCCGUUCAGAUUUAGCCUCCAUGUGAAUUUCCUUACUUCUGCUUGUUUUUUUGUGCCUUGUGUUCUAGUAAUUGCUUUAUUAAUAGACCUACUCACAGUGCCACAGAAAAUGAAUUUAUUUAGGCAAACUCUUUGGCAUGUCACAAAGUUUUAAACAAAAGAAGCCAUUUCCACAUGUGGAGUUAAUCGCUUUUUGUAAUUAUUGUAUGUGAAUGUUUUCUUUGAAAAAAUUUUAUCACAGCUCAUACAUUCCAGGAUUUUUGUUUUACUGUACAAGUUAGAUCGAUCAUUUUAGUAUAUUUUUUACAAGAAACAAACUAUAUUUUAAACUAGGAAGCAAAAUCAAAUAAUCUCACUUGCAGGCAGCUAAAUUAAUAUUUCAAUUGUGUUUAUAGGUUCUUAGUGGUUCAUGCGUGUUUGUGGAUUACUGUUGUGUGUUCCAAUAUCAAAUUUUUAGGUGAGCUGCGUCUUUAUUUUAUUUUGAUGCAUUUCACUUCUUGGGAUUAUGUAGCUAAUUCUUUAAAAGAUGGACGGCCCUCUGAGCUACUAAAAAAACAUGUUAAAACAUUCAUUUUCUUGGACGACCCUUAUGUUUUUUCUUUUUUCCUGCAGAGCUCGGUUUUGAGAGUUUUUUUUGUUGUAUUUUGUUUUUAGAAGACCUUUUUCACCUGUACAAAUCAUGAGAUAUUGCUUAGUGUGUAUAUGUUGUAUCAGAAACAGGCUACAUCUUGGUCAAAUUGUAAACACUUUAAUGCCUUCCUCUAUAGUUUACGUAAGAAUUAUUUUCUUCAAGGUGGCUUCUGUUCAGUUUAGGACACUUGACUUUCUCCUGCCCAAAAUGAUUGGUGAGAUAGCUCCGGGAUGGUGCUCUACUACAAAUACAUUGCUUGUAUGUGUGCAUAUAUGUUUCUGGAAAUGCACAACCUGAAUGUUUUUGUGGAUUGCUCUGUUUUUAAUGGCUUUGAUGGCUUGGCUGUCACCAGUCAUUUAUUGGCCAAUAAAUGUGUUCCUACCUAAGGAAAUAUACAUUUUCAAA